AUGUUUGAAUACUAUGAGGAACCGGUUCUCACCAACGAUCUUCUGUCGCUGGCGUACAUUUUGGAUGGGAAUGUCGGGAAGAUUGUCUUUACAUCGGAGAUGGAUCCAAAAGUUUUUCCUAGAGAUCCCAUUGUUCCCUCGAAAUAUGCAGAAGCCCUGUCCUCGUUUGAAAGCUUUCUGGACUUCUACAGAAAUCUGAAGGAAGAAGGGGACUAUUCAGAAAUAAUAACCUACUAUAAACUCAAGCAUAGGAAGCUGUCAUUCAUUGCCUUGCAUUUGAAGUAUGUCCACCUCAAGAAAGGGGCAGAAAAGAUAGAUCAAGGAGAAGAUGCCGGCUACUACAACGAGGAUCUUUAUAAAACUUUACUAGAGUGCAACCAGUAUGUCUCCAGGAGAGAAUCCAAAGAUAUGUUCUUGGCUCCCCUUUACAUGAGCCGAUUCUAUAAAGAGAAUGGGGAGCUUGUGAAGUCUAGAAGACUGAAAAAAGAAGCACAAAAGAUGGCUGGGGCCUCAAGGAAGUUGGACGUUGUCUGGGAGGCAGAUGACAAAACAUACAGGUCUUUUCCGUGA